GAAACAGCAAUCGCAAUCUCUCUCUCAUCCAUCUCUAUCAGACAGUGCUACCAGUUCUAACGUCUCUAUUUCUUUUUCUCUCCUGAGGUCACAUCUUCUCCCUCAUUUUCCCGAGAAAAUACUCUCCGACUCUUUGAAUCAUCGCCGGUGACAAUGCCGGUUUCCGGAAGCACCUCCAGCGAGGCCGAAGCUUCUGGAAAUUUUAUCACCCAAAAGCUCAACUCCAAGACGCCAUUUCUCAGCUUGAAGCUCUACGUGGUGAUCGCAAUUCUCUCUCUUUGCGUUUUUGCCGCUCUAGUACUUCUGAUCUUUUUCUGCAUCCGUACGAAUCGAAGUUCCCGUAAGCGCCGAAUGCGCGUGAAGCAUAGUUCCGGAUCCAUCCCUCUGGUGUCGAAGGAGAUCGUGGAGAUCAAAGAUUCUGAUCGAGCCAUCAACAAAAAGUUGGAUCAUUCUGUGAAGGCGGAGGUCGAAAUUGGGAGUUUGGAUUUAAAGGAGGAGGAGAAAGAUAGAGCUGGAGAGGUUAGGGUUGAUGUCGUUGAAAGGGCAAAAAUCAGCGAAGAGAGCGAUACUUCCGGUGGGAGCCGCAGCGACGCGUCGGCGGUGGAUUCGCAGAAUAUCGGUUGGGGUCGGUGGUACGGCUUGAAGGAGCUCGAGAUUGCAACUCGUGGAUUUUCCGAAGAGAAUGUGAUUGGUGAAGGAGGGUACGGGAUUGUGUAUAGAGGAGUUUUGCAGGAUGGGUCUGUGGUGGCCGUAAAGAAUCUUCUUAACAACAAGGGUCAGGCUGAGAAGGAGUUCAAGGUUGAAGUCGAAGCCAUUGGGAAAGUUAGGCAUAAGAACUUGGUGGGUUUAGUAGGUUGUUGUGCAGACGGCCCUCAAAGGAUGCUUGUGUAUGAAUAUAUUGACAAUGGGAAUUUGGAGCAGUGGUUGCAUGGGGAUGUUGGGCCUGUUAGCCCUUUGACCUGGGAUAUUCGAUUAAAGAUAGCCAUUGGGACAGCUAAAGGACUGGCCUAUUUGCAUGAAGGAUUAGAGCCCAAAGUAGUGCACCGUGAUAUUAAAUCUAGUAAUAUUCUUCUGGACAGAAAGUGGAACGCCAAAGUAUCAGAUUUUGGAUUGGCCAAGCUAUUAGGGCCUGAGUCAACCUAUGUGACUACACGAGUUAUGGGAACAUUUGGAUAUGUCUCCCCAGAGUAUGCAAGCACAGGUAUGCUAAAUGAGGGAAGUGACGUAUAUAGUUUCGGAGUUCUACUUAUGGAGAUAAUAACAGGAAGAAGCCCAAUUGAUUAUUCCAGACCAGCUGGGGAGAUGAAUUUGGUCGAUUGGUUUAAGGGAAUGGUUUCAAAUCGUCGUGGUGAGGAGGUUAUUGAUCCUUUGAUCGUAGUUCAGCCUCCUCCAAGGAUUCUGAAACGGGCUUUGCUUGUUUGCCUGCGCUGUAUAGACUUAGAUGUCCAAAAGCGGCCAAAAAUGGGCCAAAUUGUUCAUAUGCUUGAAGGAGAUGACUUCCCUUUUCGCACGGUAACCGGAACCACGUGCAGCUAGAGAUAAAGGUCCCACUCCUACCUGUGUAGCUGCAUCCAUUAAAGUUCCAUAUCUGCCCGAGCAUUCUGAGAUAGGUGAUCCCGGUACAGAGAGAUCAAGAUGGAGGUGAUUUUUUUUUGUAAGAGAACCAGUAGUUCGUGUGGCCAUAUCUGUAUCAUAAUUUUUCACGCUUGCAGAGCCUUUACUUUUCAUAAUCAUACAUAUUUUACCUUUCUUGAUCACAUAUAUUUUUUGGGUUGUAUUGCUGCUUAUUUUAUGUAGACGAGCUUUGUAAAUAUGAACUUAAAUGUUUAGUACGUGAAUCCUGUUCAAAAUAUCAAUACCAAGUUUGUUUGGUUUUUACUUUUCUUA